AUGGCGUCUAUAGCCCCCGGGAGGAACUCAGAAAUAGCUAGGCCAGCUACGGCAAUAAAGCGUAAUAACCCAGUAAAAGCUAAUUCCGAGAGUAUUACUCCCAGUACCACUGCUAAUGCUUCUACUAAACGAGUUUCGAAAAGUGGGCCGGAACAGAAUGCUAAACUUCUGAUCAGGUUACUACCUCCAGCCCUAAAAGAAGAUGAAUUUUUAAAUCAGUUGGCAAAUAUUUAUCCCCAUCACGCUACGAAAAUAGACCAACAUUAUUUUGUCCCAGGUUCAUAUCCACUGACACCAUUUGAGCUACCCGUUUAUAGCAGGGCAUAUGUUAGCUUUAAGAAUUCCAACGACUCGUUAGAAUUCUGUUCGUUUGUGAAAAACAAACCUUUCCAAGAUGAAAAGGACUCCAUCAUUCCAAUUGUGGAAAAGUCAGUCUUUCAGAAAAUGAUAAGCUCUGAAAGCUUUAGUGACCUGAAACGUGGAUCCCAAAAUGACAAGACAUUUAAUCUCUUGGAGGAUGACGAAAUUUAUAAAAAGUUUCUUCUAUACUUGGACAAAGGUUUGAACGAAUUUAAUUUAAAAAAGAUACAUAAAUCGUUGAACAAGAAGCAGAAGGAGGGACCUAAAAAGGAUCAAUCAGUACUGGUUUCAAAGGGCAAAAAGCACAAGAAGGACAAAAAAGAUAAGGGCCCAGUGAAAAUUAAGGAAGGUGAAAAGGAUAAGCAAAAGAAGUUAAAGAAAAAGACAAAACAGAAUGGAAAGGAAAGGGAAGAAGGGAAAGUUGCUAAAGGCGACGAUAAAAGCCCAGGAAAUGAAAAGGAUAAGGAGAAUAAAAAGGCAAAGAAAAAGAAGAAGAAGAAACUCCAGGCUCCAGAGAUGGCGAAUAAAACUACAAGCGACGAGAGGAGUGACAAAGACAUUAGUAAAAACGAGCACGCGGCACCCGCUGCUGGAGCAUCCGAGACCAAGAAAAAUACACCCGGUGGCUCCAAUUCUCGUCUGAGACAACGUAAUCGAAAGAAAGGAGGAGAAAAGAAGGAGAAUGACAGUAGUAAAAAGGACAAGAAACAAACACCUACACCUAAUGACUUCAAACCAAUCAAAAUAUUGAGCAAAAAAUCUAAUCAGGAGGCCAGCGAAGGCAAUGUAAAAAGCUCAAGCUAA